AUGUCUUCCCCGCUACGUAAAGUAGCCAUAGUCGGCGCUUCGGGUCGCAUUGGCGCAUUCAUCUUCAAAUCUUUACACCGAAGCAACAAGUUCGAUAUCACCGUCAUCAACAGAUUCGGCUCCAAGCCAGCUGAGUAUCCUGAACCGACCAAAGUUGUUCAAGUGCACGAUGAGUACCCACCACUCGAGAUGGUACAGGCCUUUCGUGGUCAUGAUGCUGUGGUACUGGCCUUGGGUUUCGCAGCAGAGGAGCAUCUCCCCGAGCUAGCUCGUGCUUCUGUUGAGGCUGGUGUCAAGAGAUUGAUCGCCUCGGGCUAUGGCGUUGACACGACCAAUGAAGAGGCUGUUAAGAUAUUUCCUGUUGCAGCUGCGAAAGCGCGUAUGGUUGAGCAUCUCAAGUUUCUGGAGCAGCCCAGUUGGUCUUGGACUGAAGUUGCCUGUGGAGCUUUCCUAGAUUUUUGCAUUGAAGUCGACUUUUUCGGUAUCAAGCCUGAGGCCAAGACAGCUGAGAUCCUGGAUGAUGGGAAUGCCAAGUUUACCGCCACUACCCGUGAUGGUGUCGGCCAAGCUGUCGUUGGCAUUCUCGGUCACCCAGAAGAAACAGCGAAUCGCAUUGUCUAUAUCUCGUCGACAGAGCUGUCUCUGAAUGACGUCCUGGAGGCCGAGCAAAAGCUCGUCGGUAAGGAAGGAUGGAAGAUCACGAAUGUCAAGACCGAUGAAGAGAUCGCCAAGGCACAGAAGAUCGUUGCAACAGCCACUGAAAUGAUGCCCAGAAUGAGGGCUACCGGAAGACUGGGUCUUGCAGUCAAUGUUCAGGACAGAUUUGAGGCGAAUUUCGAGAGACGGGGCAUCCUCGACAAUGACUUGUUGGGAGUACCGCAGGAGAGCAUCGAAGAGGUUGUCGCGCGAGUCAGACACGAAAAUGAGUUGGAUACUCAGCGGAGAAUAAAAGCUCAAGCUGAUUCAAGUUCAAGUCAGAGACAAAUGCUAGCAGCAGCUCGAGCAGAACUCGCGUCUGGUGAUUCAGGCGCCGGGCCAAAUGGUGCCUCCACAAAACCGCCCAAGAAGCGCGUCCGCAAUUUCACGGCAGAUGACCGGGCUGCACAUCGCAUCUUUGAGAAGAAGCGCCGGGAGCUGUUUCGAGAGCGGCUUAACGACCUGGCGAAAGAACUACCAGCGCUAGCUGGGAAGAACCCCGCCAGGCUGUCAAAGCACGACGUGAUUGAUGAGAGCAUCUCACGUCAUCAGUUCGAACGCACUGCGUGCCUGGAUGUGAUACAGGCUUAUAGGGCGAUGGUUCGGGAACGAGAUGAGCUGCUUGCUGAGGUGAAUACCUGGCGAGCUACCGCUGCGAUGCCUGAACGUCGUUCUACGAGCACCCAGAUGAACGUUGAUGACCUGGGGAAGUUGGAGACUAGAAUUCGAGGCCAGCAAGCAGAAGGCUUUCGUGCUGAUGUCCAUGACUCAGCUCCGCUGGAUACGAGCUACACUGUCGUCAACGAUCCGACUUCUCAGCCUUCUUUCUCUCCUCCGACCAAUUCUAUUCACCCAGCACCAGUACCCCACACAACCUUACUAGGUAACGAAGAAGCCAGUCUAAUUCAAAGCUCUUCAUUUGAUCCAACUGGACCAAUACCUCAUUCAGAUGAGCUUAUCAACCAGACUAUGGCUCUGAUGGAAACGCAACAUUUACCAAACCAAGCUAUGAUGAUGCCACUAAAGAAUAUGAACGAGUCCAGCGUCGAUGCAAUUGCAGAAACACAACUAGAGAAUGGCAGGCCGAUCUCUAACAUGCACGACUUCCUUGCGGACACUUCAGGCGAUCAGAUGUCUCUCGCGGGCUGGGGUACCGACUUUCCUCUUUCAGCGAUGGAUUUUGGGCCAGAUACGACACUUCAACAAUAUUGUUUCUAGUACUCUUGGGCAAAUUGCUU